GCAGUUACUGUGUAUGCCGAAUUUACAGGAAGAUGUCUUUUUAUUUAUAUGAGACCUUUUAGAGUUAAGCAGUGUAGGUGCUAGCGUGUGGCGAUACCAAAGAAAACGAUAACCUCGAGAAAAGUGUGGUCUGGCGUGAUGCCACAGCUGAUCAGGGUGUGCUUUUAUUUCUACACAUUUGUCUUUUAUUGUGAAACGCCUCCGGCCGGAAUUGGCUUCGUUAUCUUCUGUCACGUAGCGGAGCUCGUCAACUGUCAACACGGAUUCCGGACAAAACCUGCGCCGCUUUCUCGCACAUUGAGGAAAAAUAUGAUGCAAAGGACGACAUUUCCCACAACAUCCCGGAUCAAAACGUUGUAUUUGUAGACUUUUUGACCGCGGUUUCAUCUGGUUUGAAAGGAGGGAUGCCGGUGGAGAGCGGGAGCAGCAGCGCCGCCGCCCGCCAGGCUAAGCAGAAGAGGAAGUCCCACAGCCUGUCGAUCCGCAGGACCAACAGCACGGAGCAGGAUCGCUCAGGCCUGCAGAGAGACAUGCUGGAGGGACAGGACUCCAAACUGCCUCUGACUCUGAGGAGCAAUCUGCUGGACCUGUUCAGUCAGAUCGAGAGGGAGUUUGAAAACCUCUACAUAGAAAACCUGGAAUUACGCAGAGAAAUCGAAACGCUGAACGACCGUUUGGCUGCAGAAGGACAGACUUUCGAGGGGGCAGAUUUAGCCAAAGGAGCUCUGAAAACAAAAGCGAGUCACAGCACCAGCCAGCUGUCACAAAAACUAAAGACGACCUACAAGGCUUCCACAAGCAAGAUCGUGUCCAGUUUCAAAGCGACCACGUCCAGGGCUGUGUGCCAGCUGGUCCGGGAGUACGUGGGCCACAGAGACGGCAUCUGGGACCUGAGCGUCACCAGGACACAACCUGUGGUGCUGGGCACCGCGUCGGCAGACCACACGGCGAUGCUGUGGAGCAUCGAGACGGGAAAGUGCCUCCUCAAAUACCUGGGCCAUCAGGGAUCAGUAAACUCCAUCAAGUUCCACCCCACUGAGCAGAUGGCUCUAACAGCCUCUGGAGACCAGACGGCUCACAUCUGGAGGUACAUGGUGCAGCUGCCGACUCCACAGCCUGUCGCCGACGUCAGCCAGCAGGCGCCCUUCGAUGACGACGUGGACUUUUCGGACAAGGACGAGGCCGACGGCGAGAUCGAGGGUCCAAACGACUGUCCUUCUGUCCGUGUGCCCACCACGACUCUGCGCAGCCAUCAGGGCGUUGUGAUCGCUGCUGAUUGGCUGGUGGGAGGCAAACAGGUGGUGACGGCCUCGUGGGACCGAGCGGCCAACCUGUACGACGUGGAGACCUCAGAGCUGGUCCACUCACUCACUGGUCACGACCAGGAGCUGACCCACUGCUGCACACACCCCACCCAGCGUCUGGUGGUCACCUCAUCCAGAGACACCACCUUCAGACUGUGGGACUUCAGAGACCCGUCCAUCCACUCUGUCAACGUGUUCCAGGGACACACUGACACGGUGACGUCUGCUGUGUUCACCGUCGGGGACAACGUGGUGUCUGGGAGCGACGACCGAACCGUCAAAGUGUGGGACCUGAAGAACAUGAGGUCGCCCAUAGCAACCAUCCGCACAGACUCUGCCGUCAACAGGAUCAGCGUGUCCGUCAACCAGAGGAUCAUCGCUCUGCCUCACGACAAUCGGCAGGUCCGCCUGUUCGACAUGUCCGGGGUGCGACUCGCUCGGCUCCCACGCAGCAACAGACAGGGUCACCGGCGUAUGGUGUGCUGCUCCGCCUGGUGUGAAGACAACACCUCCUGCAACCUGUUCACCUGCGGCUUCGACCGACAGGCCAUCGGCUGGAACAUCAACAUCCCCGCCCUCCUGCAGGAGAAAUGACCUCCACCUCCUCCUGCUGCCACCUUACAGUGAGCCUCCACCCAAAGUCUGUCUCUGGAGCUUCACACCGUCACGUCCUCGGGGCUUCAAAGGUGGCUUUAAGAAGUUUGGUCCGGUGGUCGGUUGUGUCUGAACGCUUGUCACGUAUCAUCAGCAAUCGUUUGAGCGCUGAAGGAAAACCACAGACUUUUAACAGCCGCCUUUUGAGUCCACAGGAGGUCAGCGUCUGACACUCGAAGCUCCCUGAGGUCUGGAAAAGGACUGAAUGUGUCACAUUCUGACUCACCACGCUAGGAUAUACAGAACACGUGUGUGUUUUUUGCGUCAGAGUGAUUCCUCGCCAACAACAUCACGCGUAAACCACUGAUGAAAAAAGCACAGACGAGGUUCUUUGUCUUCUUGCAAAUCUAAUCUGUGCCACUAACGUGUUUGGGCGAAGAAUAAUCUGCUCAUUUUCUACAACAAUUUGGUUUUUAGUGCAUUUCAGGAGCUAAUUAAACUCACCGUUUAGCUUCUGCUUUAAUUGCAUUUCCUGGUUUUUAUGGCUAGAGGCAAAAUGGCAGCUCAAGAAGGAAGCGAAAAUAUUUUUACGGUCAGUCUUUUAAUUCUCUGUCACGUUUUCUGCCUGUGGAAAUAACUUGACGAGACGUGCACGGUCUGCGUGGUGUUGGGCUCGUCCUCCAUUUUGGUCAGCCUGCCGUUUCCUCUUGAAAAUCACUCGAAAUGUUGCGUUUGGCGCUUGAGUUGAAGAACAUCUGUAAGCCACAUGAAACACGUCCUCAGAGCUGUGAAGACCCGAGACUCCGUCGCUGUAGAGUAACGUGAUGCACCUUCUUUCAUUGCCAAUAGCUGUUUGUUGUUUUAGGACAAAACGCCUUUGCAGCUUCUGUAAAUAGUCAACACAGUUAGGAUGGAAAAUAACCCGACAGCUCAGUGCUGUUAGUUUCUGCUGGUGGCUCGUGGGAUUGUUGCCUGCUCAGCCAGACGCUUUGGCCCUUAACCCAAAAAGGGAUUCAUGGUCCUGUCCUGUCUGGUGCCGGAUCAGUUCGUACUGCUGCUGUGUUGUUACAUACGGUGAUGGUGAUUGGCUCUCGGACUGAACCUGAGCGUUCAGUCACUCAUGCAGUCGUUGAGUCUGUUUGAAGGCCAUCCUGGUAAUGUGCUGGUCUGGUCUCUGUUCAGGUUAUGUUGGUCUUAUCCGUGUGGAGACUUGAGGGUGUGGACCGAAGCUCUUCCUGUUCUGUACCGUAUGGUUUCUCCUGCAUGGCCGUGACUGGUCCCUCAGCUCAGAGUGUUGCCGUCUGGAUCACCGGCUGUGUUCGUUUGUGUCGUACAAAGUGUUAGUUGUCCUCCUCUGAAGAACCUUUUCAGAAACUAAGGAACUCCAGCUGUGAUUUGACCAGAGGAACCAGGGUCUAAAUUUAUUUCCUGGGUUCGCCCUGGAGCCAGUCGUGACUAGAGUCAAUAUUAGGUCAAUAUUAUUUACUGAUGUUAGUGGUAUGUAGUCGAUUUUGUGCAGGCUUUAAAAUUUCAAGAUAAAGACUGAGAGAACCAGGAAAUGAAUGAGAGCAACAAAAGAUUUAAUUUAGUUUUAGUUUAGACAAGGGUCUGACUUCUGGGGGAGAACAUGUUGUCCCUCUGAAGGUCCCUUCUUGCGGGGCACAACUUUGCAAAAGUGCACGAACUUUGAGGGAGGCGUUGCAGCAUUGAAUAUUUCUGAUUGGUCGAGUAGUUGUCUCAUCUUUGUUCAUGCGCCAGUUUUGAAAAACUGCCGCUGCACAUCAGUUUGGACCGACGGCCGUCAUUGGAAAGUCGUGCAAAAUAAAAAAACAACAGGCUGAAAGAGUUUGAAAAGUAGUUGAUGAAGUUCUGCGUACUUUGGGAGGAAACCGGACUCCGUGAAGCCUGCACAGUCCUUCAGAGUAAGACGAAGUGUGACGGCGUGGCUUCUCGAGCGGCUCUGCUGUGUUCAGUCGAGGGACACAGAAAUGAGCUGAAUCACGUAGUGAAGUCUGAUUUCAUUCAGCUAAAAACGAGAUACAUUUAAAACUGGUGUUGAAAUACGUGAUCGCUGAUGUGGGCUCCAAACGUGUCCUCCAGCAUACUUUACUGACUGUAACAAAGUUCAUCGCAGCGCCCUUUAGCCGUUCCUGUUCAAACAGUGUUGUGAGGAUUCUGUCAGUGUCAUGUUUGUUAUGGUACCUUCAAACCAGUGAAGUCCCUGAAGAGUGUCGUGAUGUGUUUGAUGUCACCUGCUUUGCUGUCCCACUGCCACUACAAUACUCUGCCAAAGCCUGCGUACGCAAGGAGCUGUAGUGAUGUGUGUGUGUGUGUGUGUGUGUGUGUGUGUGUGUGUGUGUGUGUGUGUGUGUGUGAGAUGAUUUCACCACAUCACGAGAGCAAAGUCUGAGUCUUAAUGUAGUUUGGGCUGCAGUGCGUCCGUCGUCUUCUGCGGUGGGACGAUGAAGAAGCACAGGUCCCAGGUCAGUUCACCCUGAUUGUUUCUGCGUCCAGCUGUACAUUUGUUGAGUGAACAUUCAGACAAGCAAAACAAAAGAAAAAGCACAUAUUUAGUGAAAGCCCAAAGUUUUGAUGUGAGUGCUUGUGGUGACGCUUUAAAACUUUGGCCGUGUGAAAGCAGCAUUUGUACGCUGAAGGUUACAGCAGUCGUUUUCGUCAAAAAGCAUGUGAAGUGUGAGCCUCCUCUUACUUUAAACAUUCGUGUGAUACAAACCGAAGCGCGGCUGGUUUGGCUGUUCAGUGCGUCUCAGCUGCAGUAGUUUUAUGUCACAGCCCUGCAUUUGUUGUUAUUUUAAAUUCAUGUCAUCACUUCAUGAUGGGUGAUUUGAGUUCACCUGUCAGAGACUUCACAUCCACAUAAAGCUGAGCUCAUUUUGUCAUUUACACCAGGGAUGGCAAGUGUCACGUCACGGUUCGCGUUGGACUGAAAGUAUCAACUCCUAAAAACUAUUUCAAAAUAUUCUAGUUUAUGUUUAGAAAAUACCUCUUUCUUGUGAGUAAUUAUUUAUAUUAGUGUUCAGGUGUGGUAUUUUGCUAUAUUUUUCACUGUAGGUCACCUUUGGUCUGUGAGGAAUUUUUAAAAACCAUUUUAGCAGAAAUGGAUGCAGAGACCAUCAGUGUGAGUCGUCCCCGGUUUAACUGACAAAACAUUUGGAUUUCUGGAACGUGUGAUUUCUGUCUUAUCCAGUAUUGUUUUGACAGUUUAAACACAUUUUUCUGCACUCAACUGCAUUUUCUGCCAGCGCUGAGCCAGUCUGCUGCCACGUUCAUAAUUCACCCGCUUUAAGCGGACGUUCACGUCCUCGGUCACAGUUGACCACGUCGCCACAUCGUCCCACCCGCCGUCGCGAAGCCGUGUUGAACUGUGGCUCCUCGGUGUUAACAGUGUUUCGUGUGAUCAAAGUGUGGUUGAUGUAGAAGAAGAAAACGCCACAGCUCGGAGCUGCGGGAUCGACCUGGCGGCAGUCUGUGGAUUAUAACUGUGUAAUAAGGGACAAGAACCUGUUUGUGAAAUCACAAUAAACCCGUCGUGCUGUUUGAA